AUCGUCUCUCGCCUUCUUUCAACCGCCUGCUCGCAUUAAUCAAUAUUGCCAACCCAACGUGUCAGCCCAGUGUCGCCUCGCUCGUUCCCUCUCGCUUCUGGUCUCUCUGCCCGUUGCAAUUCUCUCCCUCCUGCUGCUGCUGCUGCUGCUGCCGCCCUGAGUGCACACUCUCGUGGGAGAUCGAUCUUUUUUAACCACCCUAAUCCCAAUCGCUACCCUUUCGUGCCCACCCCUCAGAUCUCCGGCGGAGCCAUCGUGACCGGCGUGGGUCCAUCGAGUUCGAUCAAAUUAUUCACCGUCACCGUCGCCCUCACCACCUCCACGCUCUCGCUGCGCCGAGUCUCCAAGCCCUCUCGUGCAUGGUCUUCAGCCUCCAUCCUCACUAGCCAUGGGUUCGACGCAAUUUGGGAAUUUCAACGACUUUUGUCGAGAUUCCACACUCCCGGUCUGCAAUCUCUUCGUCGCCGACAACCAGCCCCCGAAUAAAGCUUAUGGCGGGUGUGCGCUCGUCGGGAUCGGGCUCAGCAAUGAUCGCCAUCUCAGCAAUCUCGGCUCGAUUCUGCUGGCAUUCAUUGCUAUCUUGACGUCGCUGAUUCUGUUGUUGCGGACGGAUCGCAAGCGGGCCGCCGUCGGGAGAAGGGAGAUGCAAAUAUUCUUGCUUGGGUUUAUCGUGAUCGAAAUCUGCGAGAUCUUCUCCGUGGGCGGGUUUCCUCUGAAUUCAGCAGUCCGGAAGGGAUUCUCCGCCGUACAUGUUGCUGCCAUCACCGCAACAUGCUGGAUCCUGCUGUUGAACGCUCUGGUGGGCUUCCAAAUCCUCGACGACGGAACCCCAGCCUCCCUCGGUCUGAUCGUCGCCUCCUCGCUGAUUCUCUUCAUCGGUACGGGUUAUAUCGCGCUGGACACGGCCUUCGACUGGACGGGGGAGUUCGCGACCACGGCGUCGCACGACUAUCGCAACAUCGCCCUCUAUGUUCUCUAUCAGCUCUUCCCGCUCGUCUGUCUCGUCGCGUUCUACGUGUUGGAAGCCGUCUUGGUGAUCCGGGUUCUGGGCGAACUGCGGCCCAUGCUCUACUUGACCUGCGCCGCUCUCUUGUUUGCCAUCGGACAAAUUUUCGAAUACGUGAUCAGCGUGCACCUCUGCGAAGCGUCCCACGGCAAGAUCAACGGCGCACUGUUCGAGACGCUCUUCACCCUUUUGGCGGUCGGCACGGUUUGGGCCUUUUGGAGCAGCAUCACCGAGGACGAUUGGCCCUUGCCCAUGGGGGGCGGCGCAUACCAAUGAUCGGCCCGCAAGCUCCCCGGAGCGUCCUUUCCUUGUGUUCUCAAUCCCUUUCCCCCCUCAUUCGAUCCGACAUGUCUAUAUCUCUUCUCCACGAUCCUUGCACAUUGGUGCUCGAUACCUCGAUUUCCCGUGCUUAGCCAUCGCAUGCUCGACGCGUCCACGGAGUUACGACGGGCUUAUGUUCUUGCCAUCUUUUGUGAUACCUUAUGUUUUUACGAUAUUCUACUGACGCGCCUUGGUGUGGCUUACGCUCGACGAUGACGUUCUAUGUGCUAUGCGGAUCCCCCGUGCCCUGCCCUAGCGCACGGGU